GUGUGUGUGUGUGUGUGCCAUGACUUCAUGCGGGCCGGUAGAGAGUCCAGUCCAGUCAGUCGGGCGCCUCUCGCAGCGCGACCCGUCCUGCGCCGGUCGGUCCAGUCGUCCAGACGUCUCGUCGAGGAGGAAGCGAAAAUGGCGACGAGCGCAGUAGCACUGGCGUUACUCGGCCUCCUGCUGCCCCUGCCAAGAAGCGGAUCAGCAGGAGCCCCGGCCUGGGAGACGAGCUUUCUAAACUCACUGGACCCCCAUGAUACUGAAUAUUACUUUGGCGCCAUCGCCACUGAUGCAGUGCCUGUCGUUGAGCUGCUGUGGACAGACUGUCUUUGGGAUGAAGCCCCUGCUGGGCUCCAGGGCCCCAGGCGCUGUGCUCUUCACACCCAGCGCGGGAGCUUGCUGCUGGGCCGCGGUGAGCAGGAGGGGUCCCUGUCCUGCCCCGGAGUGGUGGAGACGACGCUGAACUCCACCGUGAGCAGCGUGCGGAGGAGCGAGCCGGGGUGCUGUGAGACCCUGGGGGCGCUGGGCCCGCCCCACGCCAAAGCCGUCCUCUCCGUCUGCAGGGGCCACAUGCACGGUGUGGUUGUGAUGGAGGGGAGGAGGCUGCACAUCCGCCCGCUGCUGCAGAAGCACGUCCCUCUGGCUCCACCCAACAUGCCUCCACCCAACAUGCCUCCACCCAACAUGGCUCCACCCAACAUGCCUCCACCCAACAUGCCUCCACCCAACAUGCCUCCACCCAACAUGGCUCCACCCAACAUGCCUCCACCCAACAUGCCUCCACCCAACAUGCCUCCACCCAACAUGCCUCCACCCAACAUGCCUCCACCCAACAUGGCUCCACCCAACAUGGCUCCACACAGCCUGGCCCUCAUAGGGACACAGCUCACCCAGAGCUCUGCUGGGGCUACAGCAGCCAUGACCCCAUCACCAUCACCGGACGACGCCCUGAAGGGCAUACACUACCCACAGAGGGCUACAGCAGCUACGAACCCCUCGUCCAGUGCAGUCCAGCAGAGGCAGCGGCGAGCUGCUCUGAGCUCUGAGGUGUCUCAUCUGGAGCUGCUGGUGGUCGUGGGGCCUGAUGUCCAGCAGGUGCAUCGUCAGGACACAGAGAGAUACAUCCUCACCAACCUCAACAUCGCUUCAGAGCUCCUGAGAGACGCCACUCUGGGAGCCAACAUGAGAGUGCACCUGGUCCGCAUGAUCAUCCUCACAGAGCACGAGCCGGAGAUCCAGAUCUCCACCAACAUCUCCUCAUCUCUGCGGAGUGUGUGCCAGUGGGGUCGAAAGGUCAACCCAGCCAACGACUCGGACCCUCUACACGCAGACCUUCUGCUGUAUAUCACACGAUUUGACCUGGUGCUGCCCAAUGGGAACAAGCUUGUGAGGGGGGUGACUCAGCUGGGCGGAGCCUGCUCCAGCCAAUGGAGUUGCGUCAUCACAGAGGACACUGGGUUUGACCUGGGCAUCACCAUCGCCCAUGAGAUCGGACACAGCUUCGGCAUAAAUCACGACGGCACAGGUAACACCUGCAGCAGCAGCGGCUUCAUGAUGGCGUCGGACGGAGGCUACAACAGUGUAGACCUCACCUGGUCCCAGUGCAGCAGGGAGCAGCUGCUCCUCUUCUUCAGCGAAGGGAGAGCGGAGUGUGUGGCGGACCUGCCGGUGCUGGGCGGCUCUCUGCAGGACUGGAAGCCGGGCCUGUACUACGGGGUGGACGACCAGUGCAGGAUCGCCUUCGGAAGCUCCGCCCGCGCCUGCUCCUUCACAGCCAAUGACAUGGCUGCGUGUCGUGUGCUGUCCUGCCACACAGCUCCUGGAGACCAGACCUCCUGCACACGCCUGCUGGUGCCACUGCUGGACGGCACGGAGUGUGCUCCUAACCAGUGGUGCCUGAAGGGGCGCUGUGUGUCGCCGUCCUCUCUGAGCGGCUCCAUGGUGGUGCACGGCUCCUGGUCCCGCUGGACCGAGCUCUCCCCCUGCUCACGCACCUGUGGAGGGGGCAUUAGCUUCAGGAGGCGCCAGUGCAACAACCCCAGACCUGCGUUUGGAGGGAGGGAGUGUGAAGGGGUGGACACUGAGGCUGAACUUUGUCACCGCCAGCCAUGCAUCUCUACGCAGUUGGACUUCAUGGCCCAGCAGUGCUCCAAGACCGACCCCCAACCCCUCUCCCUGUCCCCUGGCCACUCCCCGCGCCACACCUGGGUACCUGCCGUGGGCCACGUCUCAGGUCACACGCAGUGUAAACUCAUGUGUAUGUCUGAGGGCGAGGACUUCAUGGUGAGCCGCGGGUCAAAGUUCACCGAUGGGACGCGAUGUGAACCCGACAAGCCGGUGGCUCCAGGGAUCAUCACUGCAUGUCUGGGGGGGAUGUGUGAGGAUUUUGGCUGUGAUGGAGUGUUGCAUUCUGGGAAGGUGGAGGAUGUGUGUGGGGUGUGUGGAGGAGACGGCUCCACCUGUACACUCACCUCCCUCUCUUACAAUGGAGGAGAAACUAGAGAUUACGUCACCUUCCUGACGGUCCCCAUCAACGCCACACAGGUCCGCAUCAUCAACACCAGGCCCGUCUUCACACACAUGGCUGUGUUGGUGGGGCAGCAGUAUGUGGUGUCAGGGAAGGGCAGCAUUGCGCUCAACAGCACCUACCCCUCGGCCCUGGAGGAUGAGCACCUGGCCUACACCCUGCACCUGUCCCCCGACCUGCUGCCCCGCAUGGAGGAGAUCCGCCUACCGGGACCCGUGCAGGACAGCAUACACAUACAGGUGUAUCGUAAGUAUGCCAAAGCAUAUGGAGAGCAGACUGACCCCAACAUCAGCUACCAGUACUACACACCUCACCGAGCUGGACAGGGCUCUUCUCGAGGCCACUGGUCAACCGUCACAGGGCCCUGCACAGUCACCUGCGGGACAGGCCACCAGCAGGUGGCGUCGGUGUGUGUGGACCAGGCCACUCUGGAGCACCUGGACCAGGUGUUCUGCCCUCCGUCCGGCAGCAUGCCAUCUCUGCAGAGGGAGUGCAGCAUGCCCCCCUGCCCAGCCAGGUGGGAGGUGGGUGAGUUUGGUCCCUGCAGCGCCUCCUGUGGCGGGGGAGAGCAGGUGCGGGAGGUCAGGUGUGUUCAGUCUCAGGCUGGUGCUCAGGUGGCGGUGGCAGCCUCUCUGUGCCCUGAGGACUCUGCGCCCGCCACACUGGGCAUGUGUGCCACCCAGCCCUGCCCCGCCAGGUGGCGCGUGUCUGACCCAGGUGUGUGUUCUGCGGUGUGUGGGCCCGGUGAGGCCCCGCGGAACGUGUCGUGUGUGCGUGUGCAGCGAGGUCAGGAGGUCGAGGUGGACGCCGGUGUGUGUGUCGCGCCGCGGCCUCUGGACUCAGUGCCCUGCGUAGUGGACGUGUGCCCCAUCGGCUGGGAGACCAUGGCCAAGCCGGAGCAUGUACUUCCUGCCGUGGUCAUGCCCCGCUCCAGAGUGGACCGUGUGUUCGUAUGGAGCCCUGUGAUUGGACACUGCUCACACAGCUGCGGGAACGGUACACUGGAGGUGUGGUACACCUGUGUGGAUCACCAGACACGGUUUGGGGUGCCCGAGUUCCACUGUGACCCGUCGAGUAAACCUGAACCCCACACAGAACCCUGUAACGCCACACCCUGCCCCCCCACGUGGCGCUACAUGCAGGGUGUGUGCAGUGUGACGUGUGGAGGAGGAGUGGCGCGCAGGGUGCUGUACUGCGCCAAGACCACAGAGGGCGCCGAGAGGGAGGAGGUGGUCAGUGACAUCAAGUGCCAGGCCGUCUCCAGACCUCUGGACAUGGUGGAGUGCAACACUCAACCCUGUCCUGCCAGGUGGAAGGUGGUGUCGGCGGGGCCGUGCACUGCGUCCUGCGGCCUGGGCGUGUCCCAGAGGAGUGUGUCGUGCGUGCAGUUUGAGCGCGGGCAGGAGCAGGCCGUACCUGAGGACAGGUGUGCCCAGGUGAAGAGGCCGCCCAGCCUCGUGCCCUGCAUAGUGCAGCUGUGCACCUUCACCUGGGACAUGCGCGAGUGGACCAAGUGCUCGGCGCCGUGUGGUUCUGGUAUCCAGACCCGGCCCGUGUCCUGCGUGGGUCCGUCUCAGCCGAGCCCGGUCAGCCCACUGCUCUGCAUGCACAUCCCCAAACCCAUCACCAUCCAGGCCUGCUACGCCGGGGACUGCAGUGCCCCCGCACACACACACACCGCACACACACACACCACACAAGAGCCUGCGCUGGGCCAGGACGCCGGUCCAGACUCGGAGGAGGAAGUGGACCGAGAUGCGGACCCGCCUUCGCCCACCCAGAUCCCGCUGGAUAGGAGAGCUGUGAUGACAUCACUAACCGCCACACCACCCUCCGCCAGCCCCACCCCCCAGCAGGCCUCCAUCACCACGGCGACCCCAACACUGCCUUCUCAAACCAAUUUAUGUGGGAAGCUUCUUCUCCAGCCAUCCGGAACCAUAGACCUGAGGAACGUCACUCAGAGGAGAUGCAUCGUUGCUAUUGGUCGACCGCUGGAUGAGAUCAUAACCAUCAAAUUUGAGUCCAGCACUCUGGACUGUAAGGCCAAGGAGUACGUGGCGUUCUACGACCGGCUGAUCCUGAUCAGGAAGUGUGAGAGGAUGGAGGGCAAAGAGCUGACGUCACGCACCAACGUGCUGCUGGUGAGGCAGGGACGCAUCACCCCCGGCAACGGAGUCAUGCUCACCUACAGCAGCAACAAGAACCCAAAGAAGAGCCAUCAGCAGGACUGUGACGUGCAGCUGUUUGCCUCCUCUGGGGUGAUUGAGAACCCGGUCCGUAACUCCUCCUCCCAGGCUCAGGCCUGCAGGGUCUUCAUCAACGCCCCCCCCGCCCUGCAGAUCAAGAUCCAGGCCCUCAGCAUGUUCAACACCACCGCCACACACACCACAUACGUACUGAUCCGAGACGUGGACACGCUGAAGACGACAGUGUUCUCUGGGCGCCAGCUCUUCCUGUGGAGCUCCAAGGGCAGCAGGGCGGAGGUGGAGUUCCACGGAGACUACCAGCACAUCAAGGGCUCCUUCCACGCACAAUACUCAUUCGUCCGCCCCUGACACACACACACACACACACACACACACACACACACAACGGCAUCGCACAAUACUCAUUCGUCCGGCCCUGACACACACACACACACAACGGCCACGCACAAUACUCAUUCGUCCGACCUUGACAACACACUCACUGCUCAUUCAUAUGGACAAAGCACACACAUGGCGAUGGAUCUUUAAUGCCCAAACACACUACUCAUUCACACACACACACACACACACACACACACACACACAGCUCUCUAUCAGGGCUAGAUGAGGGCAUGCUGGCACUGGGAAAGUAUUCAAGUUCAAGGACUUAACCACUAUAGUCAUAUAUAUAUAUACAUUUUACUAUAAGAUACUAGAUAGUAUAAGAUGUUUAAUUGUUUAUUUGAAAGUGAUACAAAUGUUAUAUCUUUCUCUUCAUGAAAUAAGUUUCCAUUUCAGACGGCAUGUAGGAACUCUGGAAGCUCUGAUAUAAGAAACCACAGCGAAGGCACAAGGAGCUUUAUACUGCCAUGUCUCCUGGAGCAGUACAGGAGCACUUGGUCAAACAGAGUCAAAGUCAAAGACUACGCCGUAAACGUAACACAGUAAACAGCAGGCAAAAACUCCAAAACAAACACUGUAAAUAGCAUUCUUAAGACAACACAAGACGUUAAAUAUGUUCAAGCACAACAAAGGGUGUUGUUUUUACAACACAAAAAGGUUUCUGUUUUGUUUUGUUUUUUAAAUAAAGGACCUGAGUGGCUGGA